GGGCCCCCGUCCCCCGGGAGUGCUCUUCGUUGCCCGGCCUCUGCCCACACCUGACAUGGCGCUCAGCUCCUCCUCGCUGCUGCUGGCGGCGGCUCUGGGCGGCGGGAUCAUCCUGGUACUUCGCCGCCUGAUGAGCAGCAACGUCCGGGCCGCCGCGUCCGCCCUGAUGCGGGGGAAGACGGUGAUCGUCACCGGGGCCAACUGCGGCAUCGGCAAGGCGACGGCGGCCGAGCUUCUCCGGAGACAGGCCCGGGUGAUUCUGGCCUGCAGAGACCGGGGGAGGGCGGAGGAGGCGGCCCGAGAGCUCCGGCUGGAGACCGGAAACACCGGGGAGGUCGUAGUGAAGGAGCUGGACCUGAGCUCCCUCCGAUCCGUCCAACGCUUCUGUCAGGAGGUGCUGAAGGAAGAACCUCGUCUUGAUGUCCUUAUCAACAAUGCCGGGAUCUUCCAGUGUCCUUACAUGAAGACCGAGGAUGGCUUUGAAAUGCAAUUUGGGGUCAACCAUCUAGGUCACUUUCUCCUCACUCAUUUGCUUCUUGGCCUUCUGAAAAGCUCGGCCCCAAGUAGGAUUGUGGUCGUCUCUUCCAAGCUUUAUAAAUACGGGGAAAUCAACUUUGACGAUUUGAACAGCGAGAAGAGCUACAGCCGAAGCUUUGGCUACAGCCGCAGCAAGCUGGCCAACAUCUUGUACACUAGAGAGCUGGCGAGGCGUUUGGAGGGCACCGGAGUCACUGUCAAUACUCUUCACCCCGGAAUAGUCCGAACAAAUCUAGGAAGACACAUCAAUAUCCCCACUCUGAUAAAACCCGUAUUUCAUGCCGUCUCCUGGGCUUUCUUCAAAACUCCAGAGGAAGGAGCGCAAACCUCUGUGUAUUUGGCCACCUCGCCAGACGUAGAGGGCGUGUCUGGGAAAUAUUUUGGCAAUUGCAAAGAGGAAGAACUUCUGCCAAAAGCUACGGAUGACUUGGUGGCUAGAAAACUGUGGGAUAUAAGUGAAGUUAUGGUUGGACUUAUCAAGUAAUAGUUAAUUGGAUAUGAUUGACAUCCGCCAAGUUUAUUGUGCAAUGAAGUAGAGUAAUUACAUGUUCAUAUGCCAAAUAAUAAACGUUACUAUUGAAUGGG